CAGCUGUCAAACGUAUGCCAUCGUAUCGGGAUCUUGUUGUCGAUUGAUACGAUGCUUAGAUUCGACAAUAUAUUUACAUUGCGUAUUAUGAAAACGUGACCAAUUUCGUGUUAUAAAGUUCAAAUGGAGAAUUUGGAAGCUGUAAUUUGCACCAAAGAAUACUGAAGACAUUUUAACACACACUUUUGUACAUGAUAAAAAUGUCGAAGAAUGGCGAAGUGUCAUCAAACCAAGGGCCAAGUAGACCGACUAUGCCGAAACCUGAAUUGAAUUUAUUUGGUUUGGAGAAGCGCAAAGGUUUGAACCUACAAAUAGCAGGAGGUCCAUCGGCUGAUGGUGCAGCUUUUAUGCCAUUUCCCGCGAACCCACCACCAGUACAAAGACCCCGAGUCCCUUCACGUACUAUCAGAGAUGUGCUGCCUGAAAAUGCCAGAGACAGAUGUAGGAUAUAUCCGUCCAUGCAAUCAUCAGGUAAACUGCAGUUGUCUGCUACAGAAGUGUAUGACUUCACAGCUGAUGACCUGCAGGAUCUUGGUGAAAUUGGAAGAGGAGCAUUUGGAGCUGUCAAUAAAAUGGUCCACAGAAAAUCUAACCGUGUGAUGGCUGUGAAACGUAUCCGCUCCACUGUAGAUGAAAAAGAGCAGAAGCAACUGUUAAUGGAUCUUGAAGUUGUCAUGAAGAGUAAUGAAUGUGUUUAUAUUGUGCAGUUUUAUGGAGCACUCUUUAAAGAGGGUGAUUGUUGGAUUUGUAUGGAGUUAAUGGAUACUUCGUUAGACAAAUUUUACAAGUUUAUAUGUGAAAGGAUGCAGACUCGAAUACCUGAAAACAUAUUAGCUAAAAUAACACUUGCAACAGUUAAAGCUUUAAAUUAUUUAAAAGAAAAACUAAAAAUUAUUCACAGAGAUGUAAAACCAUCAAACAUUUUAUUGGAUAGAAGAGGUAACAUAAAACUAUGUGACUUUGGUAUAUCUGGAAAGCUAGUGGAUUCAAUAGCGCGCACACGGGACGCUGGAUGUAGACCAUAUAUGGCACCAGAGCGCAUAGAUCCUGGUAGAGCCCGCGGCUACGACGUGCGGUCAGAUGUGUGGUCGCUGGGCAUCACGCUCAUGGAGGUCGCCACGGGCGCGUUCCCCUACCCGCGCUGGGGGUCCGUGUUCGAACAGCUGCAACAAGUCGUGCAAGGCGACCCGCCGCGGCUAACUAACAAUAAUAACAUAUUCUCCAAUAAUUUUGUUAAUUUUGUCAAUACUUGCCUCAUAAAAGAAGAAAAUCAGCGUCCUAAGUAUAACAGAUUAUUGGAGCAUCCAUUUAUCAAAGGCAUUGACCAGAGCCGGGCUGAUGUAGCAGCAUAUGUUUGUGAAAUCCUAGAAGCCAUGGAGCGCAAUGGGGUCAGUCCUUUCACCACAGACCAGCCCGCACAAGCAUGGGUUGACUAAACAUCAACUAUGUUUGUGUGGAAUAUCGCUUAAUGUUAUCUUAAUAACACACACAUGCAAUAUUUUACCAUAGAGUUUUUGUAAAUUUAAAUUAUGCUCAAGAAAUGUUUAAUGUUGUUAGAAUGAUACCAAAUUGAGACCAUUAGUUUGAAGUAUUGUAGUCGAGUAUAUAAAUCUGCAUGAGUUUGAUUGCAUGUUAGAUACCUCGCGCCAAUAACAGCGAAUCUUUUGUCAUAGCCGGACAGUGCGUCGUGUUGGCCUUGCUGCAUUUAAACCCAAGUUUACAUACUUAAAUUACGUAUGAGGUGAGACUUAUUCCUGAUGUGUUCCUGUAAGGCUGUUUUGUCCACAGAACUCAUUUGUUUAAGAGUGAACAAUUCAAAUACUUUGUAAAAGGUCCUGUUGAUGCGUUAGUCACAAAAUGGAUAAGCCUCAAUGUGGUAUCCUUCAAACAUUGGCUUUCAAAUUUUAGUGAACCUUGUAAACCAUGUGAAAUUCAGGACAGGUGACACUAAAGUAUGAAAACAUUUAAAAGCUAUGUUGAAUAUCAUGUUAGAAACAGAAUUCUAACUAAUAUAAUAUGCACCAAACCAGUUACUGUGUAGUACAUGUUAGGGCGACUAGGAAAAUUGUUCAUUGCCAGUGAUUUGUCAUGAAUAAAAUGUGAUUGUGUUUUUUAGAAGUGUAAAAUAAUUAUGAUAUGAUAACUUUGCAAAAUUUGUAUAUUACGUAUUUAUUAUACACAUCGUCAUAUGUGUAGAAAAGGAAAAUAUAGAUUUUGCAGAUUGUCCAAACUGUGUGUACUUCAUAGGCUAUGUUACCAAUUAAUUACCUGAACCUAUACAUAUUGUGGCCCAGUUUUCUAGCCAAAUCCAUGUACAAAAUUUGAUAAUUCAAUAAGAGGCUAGUUUUAGACCAUAACUGCUUCAAUUGACUAAACAAUUUUUGUUGAAAGACUAUCUCAAUGGGUGUAUUACGAGCUGAAAAAUGGGCGUAGGUCGCAUUCUAGCCUCGUAAUAUAAAUACUCACGCACGUAAAAUCGCGUUUUCUACACAUAUGGCGUGUAAUACAUUUGUGAGUUCAAAAAAAUAUUAUAUAUUGAUACAAACACUCACUGCAUUGGGAUAUCACGUAAGUGCAGCCAAACUAUGUGCGUUUUCAUGACAUUUGUUUUGCAGUGAUCAUUCACACAAACGAUUUUGUUAGCAAGCAAUAAGUAACUGUAGGAUUAUUUAUAGUGCCAGACAUGAUGUUGUUUUUGACACAAAACAAAGUGAGAUGUUAAUGGUGACAAUAAUUUCUCAAGUUAAUCUUACUGAUGAUGUCAUAGGAGUAUUUCAGUUUGAAUAUUCAGAUAUUAGUGGAAUCGCUACAAGAUGCUGAAUUCAAAAGUAAUAAUUAAGUAAAAGACCUGUAUUAAAUUAAGAUUACACUCCUUUAUCAUUAUUUAUUUCGAAAUAUUCAUUGAUAUAGUCAUAUUGCCACUAACACUACACUAACACAUAGCUAGCUACUUAAGCAUUUACUACACUAUGUUUUUUUUUAAUAAUUUAACUAAUUAUUGUUGUUUUAAGUAUCCAAGUGUACUUGCAUUAUGAAUUGCUUGCAGCAAACUCCUUUUGGCUGGCUGACUGAUAUGUUUGGGUUAGGAAGAUCCUUAUGAUAUAGGUGAUUUUAUAAAUUUGUAUAUACCAACUAAAUAAUUAUUAUGAAUUUUAUGAUUGUAUGUUAUUGUUAACCACAGUUGGGUUCAACAUCUAGGUUUGAUUGUCUAUUUGAUAAUAAGUUGUUGCUUUUCUGCUUAAUUAUUUAUUAAGGAAUAAAGAGCUUAAAAGAGUUGCUUCAUAACUAAAGUCAAGCAUGCCAUUUUUUGUUAUAAUCAGUCAUCUAUGAUAAGCGAAAAUCAGUGACAUAAUGUUGUUUAUUUCAUUUUAUCAAGGUAUUAAGUCUACAAUUUAGCAUUGAUUAAUUAUUAAUGAACUAUUUUAUACACUCUCUUAGAUACACAAGGAUGAGAAUUGUUUUUAAUCUAUAGAAGAAAAAAUCACUUGCAAUUGUUUGAACAGUGUAUUUAAUCUAAAUUCACCUAUUUAUAAGAUUUGGUUCUCAAUACUACUGUAUGUUUAAGAAGUAGAUUGAUAACAUUAUGA